CAGGUAAGGGGGUUCUUACCCCUUUCUGCAGGGUUAGUGUUGUCUGUGUUUUCAAAUACAGUCUGCUAAACGUUUACUCAUAUUAAGGGUUUGGUUUUUUUUAACCCCAGUUAAGGAAACAUGCCGAUGAACAACAACCAGAAGGGACAGAGUGUAGCUGCCAGACUGGCCAAGCUGCCAGUGGUUCGCUCAGCCUGCAUAAGGCUGUCGGUGUUGUACACGGACACCAAGUGCAGCCACCCCAGCCUGAUGUCUGUGUGUGAGGGUCUGGAGACACGAGUGACGGCUCUGGCUUCACCUGUCAUUGUUAAACUGGAGCCACACAUUUCCAUUGCAAACGACGUCGCAUGUAAAAGUCUUGACUGGCUGGAGACGAGGUUCCCAGUGCUGCACACACCCACAGAGGAGAUUGUUGCCACUGCCAAGACCAAGAUGCACGAGAUCCAGGAUGUGGUGAGCACUGCAGCUAAUGGGACCGUGGACUGUGUGACGUGGCUGAUGGACAUGAUGCAGCAGGGCGGUGACCGGGCUGACCAGCCGCUUGUGGACCGAGCCAUCAGUGUGGCCUGUAUGGGACUGGACGCUGCUCUGAUCAGGUCAGAGGCUCUGAUGGACCGAGUGCUCCCUCCCACUGAGGAGGAUAAAGGAAUAGAAGCUCACUUGCUGGAGGGUUUCGAUGUGGCGACACCCAGGAGAAGUUACCCUGUGCAGCUGGUUUCACUCACUGCCAAGCUGUGCAGGAGGACCUACCACAUGGUGGGGUCCAGGAUUCAAUCUGUUCAGGUGUGCUAUCAUGGAGAACUUGUCUUCAGGUCUGGUUCAGGACCUUCAGACCGGCUGGCAGACCUUGGCCUGCAGUAUGUGGGGGCUGCCUCAGUACGUGCAGCAUCAGCUUGUGUCUGCUUUGUUCUUUAUCUGCCAGAUGUACAACUUGAGCUGCCCGCUGUCCCAACAACACCGACCCAACCAAAAGAGACGUUGUCCAAGUGCUGCUGAGCCCUCAACUCACAAGGACGUGGUCCAGGUUCACCAUCAAGCGACGCCACCAGCCGUCCGAAUGAGGUGGCCGACCAAGACGUCUCCAUUUGAUAACGGGUGUGAUGUUAAAGGAUGUAUUGGUCGCUGAUAGAACAUCAUGAUAGUGUGCUGAAUUCAUGUCCCACUUUCAGGUCCAGCUGAAAAUUGGCCUAAAUGAACUUAAAUAAAACUUGAACAUUCAUGAACUUUGA